AUGUCCCAGGAAUUUCAGAAGUUCUUUGCAGUGGAUAAUACAGGACUCUCGCGGACUCCGCUUUCAGGCACCAACGUCAAGCCGGAGCAUCGCAUUGACUAUCUCAUGCAUACGUUCAUCGUCCAGUUUAUGACGGGCAAAAACUUGAAAUCCCUUGCUAGACUGUUUGCACUGAGCAUGGAGACGAGACUGAGAAACGCUAGCUGUGUUGACGGGAGCGAAGCGUAUGAAAGUCUGUAUGACUUCAUCAAGGUCAACAUAUUCCAUUCUUCUGUUACUGCCAUGUUUGGCAAGCAACUUUUCGACAUCGGCCCUAAUAUGUGCGACCGUUUUUGGAACUUUGAGGAAGGCAUCCCCGAGGUCGCCAAAGGAUUGCCGCGAUUUAUCUACCCGAAGCAAUACAAAGUAAGAGAUGUAUGUCUCGAGACGUUCUGGAAAUGGCAGCGAGAUUUGGACGAGCGACGGCACCUAGAUCCAGAUACAGCUCAUGAGCUAGCCAAGAAAUACUUCAAUGACUUCUUCGGCUCUGGCAUAAUCAAGAAACGGCAUUCAGCUUUCGCAAAAAUGGAGGUCAUGGGAGCGGAUGCUCGAGCAUCGGAGGACCUCGCGCUUCUAUGGGGCGCCAACUCGAAGGCUACGCGUGCUGCCUUCUGGAUGAAAUUGUCAUGCGUGACGCUACGACUGAGAAGCGCUUUCUGGCAAAAAUCAAACAAACAAGACUUCCCAUCAGUGUACGCCGAGACAUUACGUCUAUAUGUGGCCAACAUUGUCUUGCGCAGUCCAAGAAAUGCCGAUGUGCCAGUUGGAGACUGGUCCAUCCGACAAGGCGAAAUCGUCGCAAUCAUGAGUCAUUCAAUGUACCACGAUGAAGCAAAGUUCAAUACUGUGGUGGCGUGGGCCGCUUGUAGAAUACGAUGGAAUACUGCGCUGAGUUGCUAUAUAGCUAAGUGAAGACAAUAUAUACCUGUC